AUGAGUUCUGGAGAUGACACCCAGCACACCAGCACUGUCGCCAACUUUGGCAAGACAUCUGGUGGUAACUCUGCGUACACGAACUGGAACAACCAAUACGCCCACGUAUCUGACCUUUCGGAGAGAAGGAGAUUGGCGCUGGCCGAGAUCGACAAGGCUCCUUUUGGCUGGUACCAUGUCCGCGCCUGUGUCGUCGCCGGUGUCGGUUUCUUCACUGACUCGUACGACAUCUUCACUGCCUCUAUGCUGACCAUUAUGCUGGGUAUUGUCUACUACCCAGGCACUGGAAAGAUGCCUGCUUCCUCUGACAAUGCCAUCAAGCUGGCCACCUCUGCUGGUACCGUUGUUGGCCAGCUGGGGUUUGGUAUGCUUGCCGAUAUUGUCGGACGUAAGCGCAUGUACGGUCUUGAGCUCAUGGUCAUCAUCUUUGCCUCUCUUGCCCAGUCUCUUACUGCUGGCGGCCCUGCCGUCGACAUUGUUGGUCUCAUCAUCUUCUGGCGUGUCAUCAUGGGCAUUGGCAUUGGUGGCGACUACCCUCUGUCGUCCAUUAUUACUUCCGAGUUUGCUACCACCAAGUGGCGUGGUGCCAUGAUGGGUGCCGUUUUCGCCAUGCAAGGCUUCGGUCAGCUCGCCGCUGCUCUCGUCAUGCUGUUCGUCACUCUUGGCUUCAAGCACGCUCUUGAGGGCGCCAAGGAUGUCGCUCACUGCACUGGUGAUUGCCAGGUCGCCGUCGACAAGAUGUGGAGAACACUCAUUGGCUGUGGUGUUGUUCCCGCCUGCAUUGCCCUGUACUACCGUCUUACCAUUCCCGAGACCCCCCGUUAUACUUUCGAUGUUGCUCGCGAUGUCGAGCAGGCCGACGCCGACGUCAAGGCUUAUAUGAAGGGCAAGCACGAGGGUGAUACCGAUCAAGUUGUCCGUGCCGAAGCUCACAAGCAGGCUGAGAAGGGCCUCGAGGUCCCCAAGGCCAGCUUCCGCGACUUCUGCCGCCACUAUGGCAAGCUCAAGAACGGUCUCCUCCUUCUCGGAACCGCUGGUUCUUGGUUCUGUCUUGAUGUCGCUUUCUAUGGUCUUUCCCUAAACAAUGGUACCAUUCUUGAGGCUAUCGGCUACUCUACCUCCUCCGGCCACGUCAAGAACGUCUACCAGCUCCUUUACAACACUGCUGUCGGCAACGUCAUCAUCGUCUGCGCUGGUGCCGUCCCCGGCUACUGGGUCUCUGUUGCCACCAUCGAUACCCUGGGCCGUAAGCCCAUUCAGAUGGGCGGUUUCAUUAUCCUCACCAUUCUCUUCAUUGUCAUGGGCUUUGCCUACCACCACCUCUCCCCCAACGGCCUGCUCGCCAUCUACGUCGUUGCCCAGUUCUUCUUCAACUUUGGCCCCAACGCCACCACCUUCAUCGUUCCUGGUGAAGUCUUCCCUACCCGCUACCGUUCUACCUCUCACGGUAUCUCUGCCGCCUCCGGCAAGAUUGGCUCCAUCAUCGGCCAGGGUGCCAUCGCCAGUCUCCGUACCCGUGGCGCUACCAAGACCAACGCUUCCCCUUGGCUCGACCACGUCCUCGAGAUCUUUGCCCUCUUCAUGCUUCUCGGCUGUGGUACUACCCUUCUCAUUCCCGAGACAGCCCGCAAGACUCUCGAGGAGCUGUCCGGCGAGGACGACUACGCCACUCGUCCCCACGAUAUUGAGGCUGCCGUUGAGACUAAGCCUGUUGAAACCAAGCCUGUCUCCGCCUAA